AUGGCGAAGGAGUCUGACACCUCUUCGAGGGCAAACGAUGGAGCAGUGUCGAAGCAAGAAGUGGGAGUUACUGAUGAUGUGGUCCGUGGUUUGGAGAAGAUGGGAUAUCAUCAGGAGCUCACAAGGACUCGAGGCCUCUUCCAUAUAUUGUUCAUGUUAUUGGCUAUUAUUGCCGUUCCUUUCGGGCUGGCUGCUCCUAUUGCUACUUCUCUUGUUGCCGGUGGACCUGCCAACAUCAUCUGGGGCUGGGUUUUGAUAUCAAUUACCAGUGAACCGCUCGCGGUAUCGCUAGCAGAGGUCUGCUCGAAAUAUCCCACCUCUGCAGGUGCAUAUUACUGGUGCUUCCGUCUGGGCCCUCCGAAACAUCGCGUGCUGUUGUCAUGGAUUAAUGGUUGGCUUACAAUGGUGGGGGUAUGGACAAUUAGUUUGUCGGUGACUUUUGGUACUGCACAAAUUUUGGUAGCUGGUAUAGGCAUAUUCCAUCCAGAAUGGGAACCCCAAGCCUGGCAAACUUACCUUGUUUUCUUGGGAGUCGCGGUCGUUGCUACGCUCGUUGGAAUUUUUUUCAAUUCUUUUCUACCAACUCUAGAUAUUAUCUGUGCCUGUUGGACGGCUCUCGGGGUCAUCGUGAUCCUCGUUUGCUUAUCCGUCAAGGCGGCGUCAGGGCGGCAUUCAGCCAACUUUGCGCUGACGCACUUUGAUCCUUCUGGGUCGGGGUGGACGCCUGGAUGGUCAUUUUUUAUUGUGACGCUUUUUUACCAGCCUGCUUAUACAUUUUCUGCCACCGGAAUGGUCGCUAGUAUGGCGGAAGAAGUGCACGAUCCAACUGUCCAGCUGCCCCUUGCCAUGAGCUGGGCCAUUCCUAUCAGUUUCAUUAUUGGGUUGAUCUUCCUGCUUCCGAUUUUGUUCACCCUCCCUGACGUAGCAACUCUUCUGGCUGUGCCCGGGGGCCAACCCAUCGGCGUACUUUUCCAGCUCAUCAUGGGGUCAAAGGGCGGUGGCUUUGGGAUGUGGCUGAUAAUCUUUGGCAUCGGCAUGUUCUGCGCCAUCUCCAUCUGCUGCGCAGCCUCGCGUGCAACAUGGAGCUUCUCGCGCGAUAAAGCCAUCCCAUUGCACCAAGUCUGGUCCAAAGUGAACCGGAGCCUCGGCGACGUUCCCGUCUACGCGUACCUGCUCUCGCUCUCCAUCCAGCUUUUGCUCGGGCUCAUCUUCCUCGGGUCGACGGCCGCGUUCAACGCGUUCGUCGGUGUUGCUGUGAUCUGCCUCGGCGCGAGUUAUGCGAUGCCGAUUGCGAUCUCGGUUGCGAAUGGACGCAGGGAUAUGCAAGAUGCGCCAUUUAACCUUGGGAAAUGGGGAUUUGCCAUCAAUAUUUUUGCGAUUGUGUGGGUGGUCUUUGAGAUUGUCUUGUUCUCGAUGCCUGCUGUGAUUCCGGUGACGGAAACUUCGAUGAAUUAUGCCUCUGUGGUGUUUGUUGGAUUUGCCGUUAUCAGUGCUGUUUGGUACCUAAUCAAUGGAAGGUAUAAUUACAAAGGACCGCCUCUUCCCAGUGAUGAUGAUUCCCAAGUCGUAGAGUUUGAGAAACAAGGGAAUUGA